UUGGUCAAACGAUGGAAUGUCUGCGCCAAAAAAACUCUCAGUAUGGCGUCCAAUGAUGUCGGAAGGAAUGUUUUACUUUGGGGACAUCGCUCUUAACGGGUAUGAACCUCCGAAUUCAGCUGUUGUCCUUCGUGAUACUGGUGAAGAUACCUUCCUAAGAGCCCCAGAAAGUUAUAAGAUUGUUGGUCAAAUUAAGAAGCACAGGGGUAGAGAUGGUAUAUCAUUUUAUUAUCCUCAAGCUCCACCUGGUUUUGUUGCUUUAGGAUGUGUUGCAUCUAAAGGUCCACCAACAAAAGAGGAUUUCAGUAUGCUAAGAUGUAUUAGAAGUGAUAUGGUGACGGGAGGUCAAUUUUCUGAGGAAAGUGUAUGGGACUCACGUGGCUCUAGAACAUCUGAAAAUUUUAGUUUAUGGACUGUGGAUGAGGAUUCUGGUACAUUUCUUGUUAGAAGUGAAUUUCGUAAACCUCCAAGAAGACUCGCUGUGAAGCUUGCUGGCCCCCCUAUAUCUAGCAGUUCAGAUAACAUCAUUAUUGAUGCUGUAAUAAAAACGUUCUCUGCUGUUUCCUUUGAUGAUUAUGGAGGAAUGAUGGUGCCAUUAUUUGGCAUAUCUUUUGAUGGUGUUGGAUUUAGUUAUCAUGGGGGUCCUCACCAUCUAAAUGCAACUGUGAGUUUGUCGUUUGUGGCCAGAUCUUAUAAUGACAAGUGUAAUUCGUGGGAGCCCUUCAUUGAACCAACAGAUGGAUUUCUUAGGUACCAGUAUGAUGUGAAUACACCAGGUUCUCCUGCGCAACUCCGUAUUACCUCGACACGGGAUCUGAAUUUGAAUGUGUCAGCUUCAAAUACAAACAUGUUAUCACAAGCUUAUCUUAGCUGGAGCAAUAUUACCCUUGGUGAUGAAUUAUACAGGAAGGAAACAUCUUCCCCUACCCAGGGAUCAAUUCUUGAUGUGCAUCAGCGAAGGAACUAUUAUGUUAUUCCACAAAACAAGCUUGGUCAAGACAUAUACGUAAGAACAACUGAAUAUAGGAGCUCAGAUAUUACUCUGUUGCCAUCUGGGGAUGAUAGAUCUAUAAAAGUUCCAGCAUCAAGGGAUCUACUGGAUUCUCAUUUGAAAGGGAAAUCUGCUAGGUUAUAUCGUCUGAUGAUAACUGCUAUUAUCGCAGAUGCUGAGAUCAAUGCUGGUAAAGGGUUAGCAACUGGUGAGUAUAUGACAGCAGUGCGGCUCUAUUCAGAAGGUAGUUCUAUAUCUGGUGUUCAGCAACAGAGUGCCCGUACUUGUGCUGCUGCUGGAGAAAGUUCUUCGCAAAUCACAAGAAAAGUGACUUGGAAUGAAAUGUUUUUCUUCAAAGUCGAUUCUGAGGAGAAUUAUGUUCUGGAACUUGUUGUCCUUGAUGCUGGUAGAGGUCAACCCGUUGGUAUUUACUCCGCUCCACUGAAGCAAGUAGUGCAAAAACUCCCUUCUGCCUCAAGUUCUGACUAUGCAAAAUUUGAACUGACUUUAGGAGAUCUUAUGACAACCAAGGUAGUGGAACAUGAAAUUCUUAAACCAAGUGGAAAAAUAAGAUUUGCGGUGCUUGUUUCUGGUAGGGCUACUGCUAAACAAGGAAGCAGAGCCAGUCCUAACAGAAGCAGGAGUGGGUAUAUACAAAUUAGUCCUUCCAAAGAUGGCCCUUGGACAAACAUGAAGUUGAACUAUGCUGUGCCAGCAGCAUGUUGGAGGUUUGGGGAUUGUGUGAUUGCUAGUGAAGCAACAGUCAAGGAGGGAAACAGAUACGUUGGCAUACGUUCCCUUGUGUCAAUCACCAAUACAACGGAUUUUGCUAUUGAUUUGCGUCUAAAAGGAAGAGAUUCUCAAAGUGCGGGGUCAGACGGCCAGUUAGAGAAUUCUGAUAAAGAUGAUCAAAUAGAAGUUGGUGUGUUGGAGCCUGGUUCCACUAUUCCAGUUCCAUUGUCAGGUCUCUCACAUCCUGGUGUGCUUUAUACAUUACAACUAAGACCGACCAUUCAUCAUGAACUUGUGCAGCAUUCCUGGAGUGAUGUCCAGGAGAGGCGCAGUCAAACUGAGUUCCGGAAUGAGCAGGUCCUAGAUAUAUGUGUAUCAGAUCUGUAUGAAUCUGAAAACUUACUGUUCUGCUCACAGAUAGAUGGGUCUUCUAGUACUUGUCAAGGAUUAUGGUUUUGCUUGAGUAUAGAAGCCAAGGAGAUAGGCAAAGAUGUCCGAACUGACCCAAUAUACGAUUGGAGUAUAAUUAUCAAAUCCCCAUUAUCGUUGACAUAUUAUCUUCCCAUUCCUGCACAUUACACUGUUAGUGCCAGCCACCUUGACGAGGAAGAGACGAGUUGCUCCCGGGGCGAGCUAAACCCUGGUGAGGUUGUGAAGGUUCAAAAUGUUGAUCCAAGAAAUCCUUUGUACCUGUCCCUUGUUCCACAUGGGGGAUGGGAAUCAGUACAUGAGCCUGUUCCAAUAUCACAUCCCACCGAAGUUCCUUCAAAAUUCAUUAAUCUAAGAAGUUCUUUGUCAGGAAGAGUUGUGCAGAUUAUGCUUGAACAAAGCAGUGAUAAGGACUAUCUGAUGGCAAGGGUUAUCAGAAUAUAUGUUCCGUAUUGGAUAUCAUUUGCAAGAUUGCCUCCACUCACCUUGCAAUUCGUUGAUAUCACUGGAAGAAGAGACAAGAGACGCUACCUUGCGCGCCCACGUGCAGAAAAAAGUGAUAAACUGCUCUAUGGUAUAGGACAUGAAGAAUUGGUCGACGGAUACACCAUAGCAUCUGGGUUGAAUUUUAAGGGUUUAGGUCUCUCAGCAUGUGUCUCCAGAAAUGGACAACAGUUAGGAGCUCUCAAAGAACUAUCACCUCUUGCUGACAUGGAUGGUACAGUUGAUGUUUCUGCCCAUGAUAAUGAUGGAAAGUGCACACAUGUAUUUCUUUGCUCAAAGCUAUGCUCGUACCAAGCUGUUCCAACAAAGGUUAUCUAUGUACGACCAUACACAACUUUUACAAACAGGGUUGGCCAAGAUAUGUUCAUAAAACUUAGUGCUGGAGAUGAUCCGAAGGUCCUACAUGCGUACGACAGGAGAGUCUCCUUUUUGUACUCUGAAGUGGGACCUGACAAACUGCAGGUCCGAUUGGAAGAUACUGACUGGUGUCAGCCUCUGGAUAUAGUAAAAGAAGAUACUAUCGUAAUAGCAAUGAGAAAGCAGGACCGUACUCAGAAAUUUGUGAAAGCUGAGAUACGUGGUUAUGAGGAGGGUUCAAGAUUCUUGGUCGUAUUCCGUUUGGAGCCCACAGAUGGGCCGAUCAGGAUCGAGAACAGGACAAGUAAUGCAACUAUUGGUACUCGCCAGUCUGGUUUAGGUGAAGAUACUUGGAUCCAAGUGAAACCACUUUCGACCAGAAAAUAUUCUUGGGAUGAUCCAUAUGGACAGAAAGCCGUUGAUGUUAGCAUACAGAAAGGAGAUGUUACUAGUUUCCAGUAUGUUGACCUUGAAAACCCUGUUGCAAGUUCCACCAGUUUUGGGGAGCACGGCGUCAAGUUCAAUAUAGUUGAGACUGCCGAUGUCACAAUAUUGAAGUUCACCGAUUACCAUAGAAGACAGGAGGGAUCACCUGAAUCUGAACUGGUUGCAUCUACGUUGACACAAAAUGAGACAGAGACAGGAGCUGGACCCUUGGAGCUUAUUAUUGAACUGGGAGUUGUUGGAGUCUCUUUGAUUGAUCAUAAGCCAAGAGAGCUUUUAUACCUAAAUCUGCAGAAGGUUUUCAUCUCAUACAUGACUGGUUAUGACUCUGGGACCACUAGCAGAUUUAAGUUGAUCAUAGGCCAGUUGCAACUCGAUAAUCAAUUGCCAUUGUCCAUAAUGCCUGUUGUUUUGGCAACUGAGAGCAUGCCUGAUUCAAAUCAUCCUGUUUUCAAAGCGAACAUUGCUGUAAGCAAUGUAACUUCGAAUGGUAUUCAAGUCUACCCGCAUGUCUAUAUACGGGUAACUGACCAAACAUGGAGGUUGAAUAUUCAUGAACCUAUUGUUUGGGCACUGGUUGAUUUCUACAACAAUCUUCGCUUUACCGGCACCUCCAGCAGCUCAACUGUCACUGAAGUGGAUCCUGAGAUACGAAUAGAGCUUGUUGAUAUUUCAGAGAUAAGGCUUAAAAUAUCUCUAGAAACUGCACCUACUCAAAGGCCACGUGGUGUCCUUGGUAUUUGGAGUCCUGUCCUAUCGGCUGUGGGCAAUGCACUCAAGAUUCAGGUGCAUCUUAGGAAGGUAAUGCACAAAAGCCGGUUUAUGCGGAAGAGCGCAAUUGUCCCUGCUAUCGUUAACCGUAUCAAAAGAGACCUCAUCCACAAUCCUCUGCACCUUAUAUUUUCUGUGGAUUUUCUUGGAGUGACAAAAUCAACUUUGUCAUCACUCAGUAAAGGAUUUGCGGAGCUCUCUACCGAUGGGCAAUUUCUUCAACUGAGAUCAAAGCAGGGUUGGUCAAGGAGAAUCACUGGCGUUGGUGAUGGACUAGUUCAAGGGACUGAAGCAUUUGCUCAGGGUUUGGCUUUUGGGGUUUCGGGUGUUUUAAGAAAGCCAGUUGAGAGUGCCAGGCAGUAUGGUGUUAUUGGCAUUGCACAUGGUCUUGGUCGUGCCUUUGUGGGAUGCAUUGUUCAACCUUUGAGUGGUGCCCUGGAUUUUUUCUCCUUGACAGUUGAUGGAAUUAGUGCCAGCUUUAUAAAAUGUGUGAAUAUUCUGAAUAACAAGUUUGUUCCUCAGCGGAUUAGAGAUCCUCGUGCUAUUCAUCGAGAUGGUGUGAUAAGAGAGUAUGACAGUUUAGAAGCUUCUGGCCAGAUGGCCCUUUACCUGGCAGAAGCUAGCAGAUAUUUUGCAUGCACAGACUUAUUUCGAGAACCUUCUAAGUAUGCAUGGUCUGAUUACUACGAAGAUCAUUUUAUUGUGCCAAACCAGAGGAUUGCUUUAGUAACCAACAAGAGGGUGAUACUCCUUCAGUGCUUGGAUCUAGAUAAAAUGGACAGGAAACCUUCCAAAAUACUUUGGGAUGUCCCUUGGGAAGAAGUACUUGCAUUGGAACUUGCAAAAGCUGGGUAUCAGAGGCCUUCACAUGUAAUCGUACAUCUGAAGAAUUUUAGGAGGUCUGAGAACUUUGUAAGGCUUAUAAAGUGCAGUGUUGAUGAAGAACGGGAAGCUCAGGCUGUUUUACUUUGUUCUUCAAUACGAAAAAUGUGGAGAUCUCACCAGACAGGCACGAAAGUUGUACCCUUGAAGGUUCCUUCUGGCCAGCGCCCUGUAUAUUUUGCAUCAGAUGAUGAUAGAAGGGAAUCUCAGAGUCCUGCUAGGCCUUUGCUAAGCUCAAGAGGAGCGUCCAGUAAUGUUGAGCAUCGACUUAUAAACCACACAGUUAACUUCCAGAAAAUGUGGAGUAGUGAACAAGAAGUUCGGAGCCGGUGUAAACUUCUUGGGAAGCAGGUUGCAGACGAUGGAAGAAUUUUUAGCAUCUGGAGACCCCUAUGCCCUAGUGGGUAUGUCUCAAUUGGAGAUGUCGCUCAUGUUGGCAUCCAUCCACCACAUUUUGCUGCUAUCUACAAGAAUGUUAAUGACAAUUUUGUGCUACCUCUUGGCUAUGACCUGGUUUGGAGAAAUUGCGCCGAGGAUUACAGGAGCCAUGUAUCAUUAUGGCAACCAAGGCCACCUGAGGGAUACGUGGCUCUGGGAUGUGUGGCUGUUUCUGCUUUCGAAGAGCCCCCUCUUGAUUGCGCCUUUUGCGUGAAUGAGAGAUUUGCGGAGGAUGCAGUGUUUGAGGAUCAGAUAGUAUGGGCUUCCUCAGAUGCUUACCCAUGGGGAUGCUACAUUUACCAAGUUCAGAGCAGUUCGCUGCAAUUCAUGGCACUCCGUCUUCCAAAAGAGCAGUCUGAGCAGAAGCCUAAGAAGAUCUUGGAGGCGUAUCUCCAGCGAGCAUCAGAUUAAUGAUCCUAUGAGGCGAAGCAGACAUGCCAUGCAUCAGAGACAUCAGGAGCGGUAUAAUACUCCCUCCAUCCCGACACUAUGAUAGUGUAAAAAAUGAUCUCACAUUUUGGGACGGAGGGAGUAUGAUAUAGGGAAAUGAGAAACUUUGCUAUGCAAAAGAGGAGACUCAGCAAUCUUGCGCAAGAUAGUUUGUCUUUGAUAUGAAAUAUUUUUGUACAGUUUUGGGCGGCAUUAUGUUAUUGAGCAUGGCAUUUUUGCGGGGAGAGAUAAUGUGCUAGCCUGGCUUUGUUUUUCGGCUGUUGCUGGGAUUUGUAUCUCUGCUUGAUGCUUGUCAAUAGUGUAAACUAGUAGGUGGGAAUGGCUGUAAGUGUACAUUUUGUAACGCGUUGUUAUAGUGCUCUUUCUGCUGUGGUGCUGUUGCUAA